AUGGCCCCAUUGGGUGUCUACGGCGGCGCCUGCAAGCCAAAAACAACAGAUUCCGCCAUCAUUUCGUCUUCAAUGACAACUGUCUCAUCCGAAGCCUCGCAAUCGAUCGAACCCACAAGCACAUUACCCUCGGUAAUCGAAACAACAAUCUCCUCCGAAGCCCCAAGCACCACAACAUCGAGUGCGCCCUGCCCAGCAUGGACUCCCAUCACCCCAUAUCCUGCCGACAAAGUCUGCGCAAAGCCAGACUCUUAUGACCAUUCCACCAACAACCCUUAUUAUAUCAAAAGCGAACUUAGGCAGAAUAUCAAUGAGUGCGCCAAGUUUUGCGGCGACACGGAGGACUGUGUUUCAUUCUAUGCGGAGAAUUAUUCACCUGGCACAGGCGCACCGAUUUUCAAGAUUUGUUUUCUGUUUAAAGGAACCGAGGAGGAGAUUGGGUUUAGCGAGGGCCAGGGUGACAGCAGGGCGUUUUGGGACCAGGGUUGCUUUCAGUGUGUUCGGAACACGGUUGAGCCUACUGCUCCUUAA